AUGCCUCCUUAUUUUGAUAAUGCAAAUUCAGUUACAUUUCGUCAAUCAGAAAAAAUUGUUGCUUUAUUAGGUCGAACUGAUACAGGAAAAACAAGUACAUUUAAUUUAAUGACAGGUCUUUCACAACCCAUUGGUAAUCGAAUAUCAAGUACAACAUGUCAAUGUUUUUCAUAUUCAAACUUUAUCGAUACACCUGGAUUUGGUGAUACUCGUAAUGGCGAAUCAUCAUCAUCACAUUUAUCUUUAAUUGAUUUUUUUGUUUCGUUAUCAUCAGGUAUUGAUAUUUUAUUUUAUUUUGUUCGAUAUGGAACAAUUAAUUCAAGUGAUCUUAAUUUAUUUGUUGAUAUAUAUAAACAAAUAUUAUCUACGGAAGCUUAUUCAAAUUCUUGUCUUAUUAUAUCUGAUUAUUCAUUACCAAAUCUUGAACAAGUUAAUAUUAAUGAUAGUGACGAAAGAAAAUAUCUUCUUAAACAAUUACAUGAAAAUGAUAAAUAUUCUUAUAUAUUAGAAAAAUUUAAUAAUCGUGUUCUAUUUAUUGAUGUAUCUCCAUAUGAUUAUAAGCGGCAAGAAAUGUCGAAAGAAAUACUACAAAAUUUUCUUCAAUCGUUUCGACCAUUGAAUCGUUUUAAUUGUCAAAAUCUUCAAGAUGCAUAUCGUCUUCUUCGACGUACACAAGAAAUGGAAACACUUUGUUUUGAUUUAAAAACUCAAGUUGACCAAUUAACAACAGAAAAUCAACAUUUAACAAAUUUAUAUCAAAAACAAAUACGAAAAUGUAAAGAUUUAGAAGAGUCAUAUCAGAAUUCAAUCAAACAAAUAGAACAAAUACAUGAACAAACUUUAUUGGUAGUUGAAACUAACCAUAUAUCAACAAUUGAAGAAAUGACACGACAAGAAUUUCGUAUACGUGAUGAAGUCAAACAAGUACGACAACAAUUAGAAGAAAUUGAACAUGAAAUGGAUAGAAGUUUAACAUUUAAUGUUGUUUCAUAUAUUCCCUUUAUUCAUAUUGUAACAAAUAUUAUUGAAUUAAAUACAAAACGACGUAUUACACAACGAAUAAGACAAUUGUUACAUACGAAAAAGAAAGGAUUGUAA